AUGGGAAGGUAUCAUGCCCUCAGCUUCACUGGAAUCCGCCAGGUCCCCGCUUUCAUGGGGACUCACUCCUUUAAGAUAAUUGGUUCCGGGAAUCCUGUGCAGCCCCUGUGCAUCUUGCUUGUUCUCACUGUUUGCAUAGGGACGUCUGAGACGCGAAUAGAGGAGACGUUAUGUGGAGCAGAACUUGUGGACGCAUUGCAGUUCAUCUGUGCAGAGAGGGGGUUUUAUUUUGUCAGCAAAGUGGUGGGUCGUAGGAGCAUGCAGAACCGAGGCAUCGUGGAGCAGUGCUGCUUUCGUAGCUGUGACCUUCUGAUACUGGAGACAUACUGCGCCAUCCCACCAGAGGGAGCCAGAUCUACACCUUCCACAGCACCACAGAGGGCAUCGCUGCACAGGGUUGUGGGGAAGCGGUCGCUUGGAAGGGAUCAGGAGAACCUCACCUGGCCUGGAGGACACCUGGAGAAGUUCUUGAGCUAUGAAAGCCCUGCUCCCCCGUCCAAAAGCAAGAUCCCCAACUGGCUGGGACGGGAUGAGGCCUCGCCAGGCGUCGAUGACAUCACAUGGCGCACGCGUAAAGCAUUCAGUUGUAUUCAGGAAGACGGCUCUCCACCACCUUCAGAAGGACAGGUGCUGAGGUUAAUUAUAGCAGCCCAGGUUAUUGGCCCCGGCAGCGAUUGGCUGGAAGAGAAUCCCGGGGCCUCGGAGCUUCAGAGAAAAGAACCCCGGACUGUUCAGUCUUUCCCAACAGUUAUCCUCGCUCAGCUCUUUGGGAAAACACUGAAGGAAAUCCCUUCCUUUGGUAAUCUAGCAAAGCUCGAGCAGGCCUCAGGCUGUCCGUCACUCCUCAAAGUCGCAACUACACUGCGACUGACUGCGUUACAGCUGUCGGUGGCCUCUUCCCCCAGGAACUUGGGCAGUUCCCUUCAAAGGGCAGAAUUUUGCCCUCGGCGAGCGGACUCCACCCCCAAAUCUCCGAGGGGAAAAUCCUGGCCAAAGGGUUUGAAAAGACGUUUCGUGGGCUACAUCAGAGCAAGCAAGAAUUCAGACCAUCAGAAAAAUCCAUAA